AUGCUGGGGACCCUCUGCACUCUCAUCACUGCUCUAACAUGUGUGAGUGGUGUGACGCUGGUGACACAGAAGCCUCCUGUUGUGACAGUGAGGAAAGGAGAGACAGCCACCAUGGACUGUAACCUGGGGACUGUUACUGACAAUUAUGCUAACUGGUACAAACAGAUUCCUGGAGGAGUUCCUCAGUAUGUGUUAAGCUUUUACCAUGAAGACAGCUCUCCAGACUAUGGCUCUGGUUUCUCCUCUCCAAAGUUCACUUCUACUCAUCAGUCAACAUCAGAUUAUCGUUUGAUCAUCAACAAUGUGGAGGAGGGAGACUCAGCAGUCUACUACUGUAAAACAUGGGACGACUCUGCUAACGAGGUGGUAUUCGGACAAGGAACCAAGCUGAUUGUGACAAGCUCCAGCCUCCCUCGUCCUGUCCUGACUCUCUUCCCUCCGUCCAGUGCUGAGCUCCAGUCCAACAAAGCCUCUCUGGUCUGUCUGUCCAGUCAGUCUGUGCCUUUUGCAGAUGUGAGCUGGUUGGUUGGUGGGAGUCCAGUGAGCAGUGGGAUCUCUACCAGCACCGCUGUUCACAAACCAGACCAGACUUUCCAAAUCAGCAGCUAUCUGUCCGUCCAGACGUCAGACUGGAACAUGGAUAAGGUUUACACAUGUAAAGUGUCUUUGGGCUCCCAGACUUCAGAGGAAAACAUCAAAAAGUCAGACUGUCCCACUGAACAAUAGUAGAGGAGCACAAUGACCAUUUACAACCUGCUUCUUUACUCUUUGUGCUGUUUGCUCAUUACAGAGUUGACAUGUUAGAAAACAUGUGUCUGCAUGCUUGUAAUAAAUGUUGUGACAGUUAGGUGGCACUUUUGUAUCAGCUUUGCUGCUUGUUCCAAGAAUCAUUCAAUCAUAAAAAAUACAAAUAAAAACUCAACACUCAAACAAGUGUUUGUAUUUAUAUG